GCGGCGCGCCGGGCCCCUCAGCGUCCGUCCGCUACCCCUGUGAAGGUUCGGUUGGUUUGGCCCGCGCUGCCUCCUCCCGGCGGCUGCGCCCCUCGGCCCGGCCGCGCUUGGUGCCUCCCGGGAGAACCAGGUCACCCGGCGCUCCCGGGAAAACAAAAACAAUCGGCGGCGCCGCCGGGACAGCAGAGCGCGGCGAGCGGUACCGGGGACGCGGGGGGCCGGGUGCCAUGGCGCGGGCGGGCAUAGGCCGCUUGGGGGUCCUCCGGCGCCGAGGCUAGCGCGUCUGCUACCCCCGCCGCCACAGCUGUAGCCGCCUCCGCCGCGCGCCUGGGGGACGAGGAGCGGGACGCGGCCUCGGCCGGGCCCGGGACGCCCGGCGCCGCCGCCGGCAUGGACCAGUGCGUGACGGUGGAGCGCGAGCUGGAGAAGGUGCUGCACAAGUUCUCGGGCUACGGGCAGCUGUGCGAACGCGGCCUGGAGGAGCUCAUCGACUACGCCGGCGGCCUCCGGCGCGAGAUCCUGCAGAGCCACGGCCAGGAUGCUGAAUUAUCAGGGACACUUUCGCUUGUCUUGACACAGUGCUGUAAAAGAAUAAAGGACACUGUUCAGAAAUUGGCUUCAGACCACAAGGACAUCCACAGCAGUGUUUCUCGGGUUGGAAAAGCCAUUGAUAAGAAUUUCGAUUCGGACAUUAGCAGUGUCGGCAUAGAGGGCUGCUGGCAGGCAGACAGCCAGCGGCUGCUGAAUGAGGUCAUGGCAGAGCACUUCUUCCGACAGGGAAUGCUGGAUGUGGCCGAGGAGCUCUGCCAGGAAUCUGGUCUUUCUGUUGACCCAAGUCAGAAAGAACCAUUUGUGGAGCUAAAUCGAAUAUUAGAAGCAUUAAAAGUCAGAGUUCUGAGACCUGCUCUGGAGUGGGCGGUAUCAAACCGAGAAAUGCUCAUAGCCCAGAACAGCUCUUUGGAAUUUAAGCUACACAGACUGUAUUUUAUUAGCUUGUUAAUGGGUGGAACUACAAAUCAGCGAGAAGCAUUACAGUAUGCUAAAAAUUUUCAGCCGUUUGCCCUAAAUCAUCAAAAAGAUAUUCAGGUUUUGAUGGGCAGCCUGGUGUACCUGAGACAAGGGAUUGAGAACUCACCAUAUGUCCACCUGCUCGAUGCAAACCAGUGGGCGGACAUCUGUGACAUCUUCACCCGGGACGCCUGUGCCCUGCUGGGGCUCUCCGUGGAGUCCCCCCUCAGUGUCAGUUUCUCAGCAGGUUGCGUGGCGCUGCCAGCUCUAAUUAACAUCAAAGCCGUGAUUGAACAGAGGCAGUGCACUGGAGUGUGGAACCAGAAAGAUGAAUUACCCAUUGAAGUGGACCUCGGUAAAAAGUGCUGGUAUCACUCAAUAUUUGCUUGUCCCAUUCUUCGUCAGCAAACGACAGAUAGCAAUCCACCCAUGAAAUUGGUCUGUGGUCAUAUUAUAUCAAGAGAUGCCCUGAACAAAAUGUUUAAUGGUAGCAAAUUAAAAUGCCCAUAUUGUCCAAUGGAACAAAGUCCAGGAGAUGCCAAACAGAUAUUUUUCUGAAGGAAUAACUUUAGCUUGCAGUUUGUAAGUGAAACUGAAUUGCAGGCGCAUUUCAGAAGACAACGUUCCAUUUAACGCAACUAACCAAGGACUCCCAUGUUUAUAUAAGCUAAUGCUCCGGAAACUUUGCCAACAUUUUAGUGUCAACACACUGAGGGGAGUGCGCCAGAUGAAUAUUAUCAUAGGGCUUUAUUAUACUCUUGGUCUUCAUUUCUGAUCAAGUAAAUACACCAGCAGUUGUCAUUCAAUGCAGGUUUUUGUACUUAAUUCUAUGGUGAUUUUUUUUACUCUUUAAGAGCAGAAACAGAAAUUGACCUCCCUGCCAUGUGUUUAAUAUUUCUCCAGCUUUUACUUUUGUUGUUUUCUUGAUAAUUGUAAGCCUUGAGGAUGUUUGUGAAGAAGUUUUAUUUCCUGUUAUGUAUACUUAAUUAAAUGAAAAUUCUUCAGAAACAGUUUGAUAAAUUGAAUUGUGGUUAUAAACUAAUUUGCCUUAUUUUUAUUUUUUUUAAUUAUUAUAUAUAUAUAUAUAUAUUUUUUUUUUUUGGCUAAAGGAAGAAAGCUGUGAUAGGUUUCACAUUUGCUUUUUGAUGUUUUCCUCUGCUCCGCCGCUCACUGAGAAGUCAGCACACCUGCAUUUGUGCUCUUUCUGUUGCCCCACGGGCUGCCUGUUUAAAAUUCCAUCAUGGAUUUGGCAGACUGGUGUGACAAGUCUUCCUCUAGAACAGAGUGGAAAGAGUACUAUUAUUUCUUUGCUUUUAUUGCCAAGAGGUGCUUGUUUUAAAAGUGUGUUCAGUAAAAUGAAAUUCUGAAGUUAGAAGUAUUCUUAAGUUGAUAAUUGCUCUCUCGGUCUUGGUAGCCCUGUUCUCUGAAAUCUGCCUUCAGAACUUGGCUGUCUGUUGCAUUUGUAUAUCAUUGCAGACACAGUGUUGUGUGUGCGUGUAUAUAUAUAUGUGUGUGCACCAGCAUCAAACAUUGUGCAUCUGGAAGGGAAAGAAGCAUGUUCCAGUCCAAAAAUGCAGUUACCAAACUUAUCACUUUAAAUCCUUCUAGUUAGAAGCUAGUAAGUUUUCUGUACUGCAGAAUAUGUUUAUUGCUGUUUUUGUAUUUGAAUAGUAUAAUAUUAUAUUCAAUGCCUCUCUUCUGCAAAGUGUAUCAUCUCAUUGACUAUGAAUCUGUAUAUUUAUUCCAACGGAUACAGAUAAUGAUCUUUUCUCUUGUGAGGUAUGUUCGUUUGAUGCACUGUCCAGAAUAGCCAUGUAUGAGAGGCUUUCUCUGUACGAUGAACUGCGUGGGAAAGACCAAUGUGGACAUAAUUCUGACUUAAACCCACGAGGUUACUUCACUACGAGAAGAAUGUUAUGUCAAAAUCACCAAAUAUAUUGAGAAGAAUGUCAUGUGGAAAUCACCAAAUAUUUUGAAGCCGUAUUUCAUCUGACAUGGAAUUGAACAUCAAUAUAGGAAAACUUUCAUGAGACAAUGAAAAGAGAACACAAAAGCAAAGAGAAAUGUGACAUGUCACCUUUCAAACUACAGAUUGACUUAGUUUGGGGGAGGGGGAUAACAGACUUGGUGCUGAGUUGAUUAGAAGCUGGCAGUGUUUGCAAUAGUAGACCAGCCUGGAUGGGUUGUCCUGAAAUGUUUCGGAGGGCAAGGAUUUGUUUGUGAAUGACAGGGGCACUGCAGAAAAGCCCUAGUUAAGUUGGGGGGCUCUUGUGUGCCCAGUGGGUUAGCUAGAAAUCGUAAGUGGCCUGGCUUGGAGUGUUUGCUUUAUCCAACCUCAUGGCGACAUUUGCUCCAUGUUUUUGCUUCAUGGUGGAACCAUCUUUAAAGUUCCAUCUUGACUAUAGCCCUGAAGGAAGAGAGCAGAGAGAAGCUCCUUGGUCUCCAAAAGAGAAGAUAAAGAAUUCUAGGCAAUACACUUGUUGAGGGUAUAAAACCUGGUUUAUUAUGUUUUGUUUCAUUUCAUUUCUCUCUUGACUUAAAACCCUGAGUGUCAUCUUUUUUUACACUUUUUUCCCCUAGGCCAAGUUUAGUUUUAUUCACAACUUAUUCUCACCUUUUCACCUCAAACACCUACACAACACUUAAGCUUUUCACGUAAGGUUUGAACAAUGCAGACACUGCUCUAGAGACUGAUAGUCAAUAUUUUUGGAAGCCAGACACUGCAAAUGGUUAAGUCGGACCACUUCCAGGGACAAAAGCCAGAGGUCUGCUUGUCCCUCUCCCAGAACCGGGGGUCCUCCUCGUCGUCCCACUGUGCAGGGUCAGGGCCCCAAAUCAGAAACUUCUGAUCUAACAAUUUAACAUGAAAAUGAUGUCUUCUGACCUUCUUUAACUAAGUGCAUUGACUUAAAGUUCUUUGGAGACUGAAGGUGAGGGAGAGGUGGAUUUAAAGAGACCAGACCAUAACUGAAGGUGUUGAAAUACAGUGCACUGUCCUCCCUCCUGAGAAACACCCCUACAAAUGGUCUCUGUGCCCGUAGUGCACCGGUGCUCCCCUCGUCGGCAGUGCGAGAGGGUGCUGUCUGUCUCUCUCGGCUUCCAGUUGGAAAAGGUGCAGGUACAGCCAAGGUUUUUUAUAGUCAGAACCAGUUACAGUAACAGUGUACACUGAAGACAGAAUUUCACAGUGGUUUCUUAAAUUUCUUUGGGAACUGUUUCCACUUGUCGAGGACAGAGGCCAUGGGACUACCACGUUCAACCAGUAAAACCUUACUGUCGCAUGCUUAGGUUCCAGCUUAGGGCAUGUGCGUGUCCAAGUACAGGGCUCAAGGUCAUGGUGAUCUUUUCCCUCUUCGUGUGUGUAAUCAUCGCCGAUGCCAUUUUUGUUUUAGUGGUGAUUAUAUUGAGCUUUCUAAUACAUAAAAGAACGGGUAUUGGUGCCUCUUGAUUUUAAAAUUUUUAAAGUAAAGGGCCACCUCAUUCAUAGGGUGUGUGAGUAUUCUGUGAGUGUGUGAGCAUAAAUUGAAGAUAAGAAAGUUAUGAAGUGAAUCUUUUUUGAUUUUCCUGUAGCAGCUGAUGUAUACAGAGACAUAAACCCCACGCUGAAUUGUGCAGGGAAAGAGGAGCCUUUCCCCCCCUCUCCAUGCAGUCUUGCAGUUUCAGUGUAGCGUUCUUCACACUGGGGCUUAUUCCCACCUCAGCAGUUUCGGGACCGCGGCUACUGCAAAAACCAGGAGCUCUUGGUUACCCACACAAGACAAGCCGCUGGUGGACUCCACCAGCUGCUGGUUUCCCUGAUUGAGUGGACCGACAGCCAAGCUCAGUCCGUUUAGUCAGCAGACUCGGGUUAUUUUCAGGGAAGGCGCAGAGACACGGCUUAGGUAAUUGAAUCACUUGGGGGUGUGAGAUGAAGACAAAAGUCAAAUACCUUUCUUUACUGAACUCGGUGGAACCAGAAUGCUAUGGUCUCGAGAGGAUGUUAGCAAGGAGCCGUGGAAGGUCUGGCGCUUCACAAACCCACCCAGCCGUGGUGGGUUUUAUGGGGACAACAGUGCUUACCAUAAGCAGGUACACACUCCGGGAACUGUCCUUCUUGAACCAAAAAUAGGCAGGGAGACAAGUGUAUUUUAAUAGCAGACAAGGCAAUUAGUUCUAGGGUGAAUUUUCCACUGUUGAUUUUACUUCAAGAGGUAGGGAGAGAAACAAAGCUUUGUUUUCAAAACAUUUUCCUCCACAGUAGCACAGUAGCUGUAGCAGGCAUAUGCUUCAUUGACUUCCAAAGAGGCAAAAGCAGCUUGAGUUAGUGUGUAGCCCAUGUUUGUUCCAUGCUGUGGGUGAGGAUCUACAUACUUAUUUUAGCAGCCACAGUGUUCUCCAGCAAGGCACAGUUGGGGUUACCUAAGAUUUAGUGCCUGAUUUUUCUUUUGGGAAGGGGUGGGAGUGAAUGUU